UAAGGACUGUAUGUAUGAAAAUGUUCUUUCACACUUUAGAAGUGAGGUACUUGCUUUGAUUUAUAUUCACUUGGAUUGCACAACUCCUAAAGGCCCAAAAAUCACACCAAAUGAACCACCCAAAACAGAAAAGAGUGCUAAGGAAGAUAGAAGAGUAGAAAGAAAACAAAGUACUGACAUUCCUUUGAAUUUUUAUGUCCUUGACUUAAGUAUCUUGGAGUAAAAAAUGCUUACACCAAAACGUUCUUUAACACAGUUUUCAUAAAUCCAUACAUAUAUUUGAUAAAUUUGAUAGUUGGUCUACCUCAUACAUCCUUACUAUUCUGUUUUAUACUAACAUUGUUUAAUUGUAUGUCUUUUUUAAGGUGUCUUCUUUUACAGUUAAUAUUCUGAGAACAAUUUUCCUUAAAAAUGACUCUGGCCAUUGGAGUGAAAUGAUUCUUUUACUGCAGGGAUAUGCCGUGUUGCCACUCCUUCCAAUUUCUUUUCCAAUUGUCUGGAUUUGUUUAAAUCUUUAUGGAACAGCUAGAAUCAAAGUCUUAUUCACUUUUUUAAAAGAAAAAGAAAAGCCAACAAAUGAGAUAUCUCUGCAAGAAGUGUUCCAUUGCUUUUGGAAAAAUUUACUGGGAGAUCCAUCAAGUUUACCAAGAACAGCUAACCUUUUAGAAAUCCUUGGAAGUGUUACCGUGUGGUGUUGUGUGGACAAAGAAGGGAUACUCUCACUACCCAAUCCCUGUGCAGAGAAGGUGUUCUUCCUAAAGAGUCGAAAGCAAAGAUUAAAGGAAGAGUUAGCUGGUCAGGUGAAGGAGAGAAAAGAGAGUGUCUGCACUUGGACAAGCGAAACAAGCAGAGUGUCGUCAAGUCAGGAUGGCCAAGAAUCGAUAUCUGAUGAUGAGGAUGAUGAUGAUGAUAUUUCUGCAUCUGUUGAUGACUCAGAAUCUGUUGAAGACAAUUGGAAUAACUGUUUUAAAGGUCACAGAGAAGUGUUAAAUUUGUCCUCUGAUCCUGAGAGUCAGUUUGGGCUGAGAUUUGAUGAUGUGAGAUGGCAGAGUCAUAUCAACUCACUCAAACCCCUGGGCCUAAAUAUCCUACUUAAUUCAUGUUGCAAAUCUCCUGUGAGAUGUCUACGGUUUGCUGACCACACUGGUCUUCUGUCCCUUUCAUACAAUUCAGUUCCUUUGCCUUCUUACAGAAGAUGCCUUUGUCUUCUUGGCAAAGAAAUAGGGUUCAUGGAACGUGCACUACAGCUCUUCAACAAACAAAAGUACAUCUUUGCUGUGCAGUCACCUAUUAACUCCACUUUCAGAGUUCCCAUUCACUCUCACUCAUUCUUAUCCAUUUCAAAAGAAAAGCCAAUACCAAACAUGAUCUGCCUCAUUACCAAGGAGGAGCACUCUGGUUCUUUUCAACUCCUUACCCAGGGAUCAGCAGAUAUCGUUCUUGAUGCCUGUAGUGAUUUCUGGGAUGGAUCCAGCCUCUGCCCUGUGACUGCAUUUGAGAGGAAGAAAGUCCUUGACUUCUAUCAGAGAAACAGUAUGUCAGCAUAUUGUGUUGCAUUUGCUUAUCGUCCAGUCAGUGAGCAGAUACCAGAAGAAAAUAGUGAAGAUGUGUAUUUAGACUUACCCUCUUCAUCUCAGUGGAUUGGCAGUGAGAGUGAUGAAGUAGAAAGUGUCUCUGAAAUUUCAGAAGAAGAAACAGACAACCUAGGCAGGGAUGAUGCUUUUAACGUCACCGAUGAGCUUCUUCAUACAGAUGUGGAUGCAGCAUCACUAUUAGACAAAGUGAACAUAGCUGAAAAUGUAGACGGCUAUCAAAGAAUACUUGGGGGACAAAUUUUCAUUGGAGCAGUGACAUUACAGUUUCAAGCUAAGAAGGAUAUACUUCCUCUCAUUGAAGACCUAAACAAUGCUGGGAUCCGGUUUGUGUAUUUCUCAGCUGAAAAUGAAGUGAGAAGUAGGGUAUUUGCUGAAAGAAUGGGGCUCGAGGCAGGGUGGAACUGUCACAUCUCUCUAAGAGAGGGCAGUCAUCUAUUAGAGGAUCGUGGCAGUAGUGCAACAGUAUCAGAGAGAAAUACAGAGAGUCUUUAUGACAUUCAGGAUGAUGUAAACGUCACUGGACAGGAUGGAGAUGAAAAACAUGUGAGCUGGUGGGGAGUUCAGGGUGAUUCAGUUGAAAAAGUUUCUAAUAAAGCUGAAGCAGCUGAAGUGGAUCCCUUACUAGAAAGUCAAAGUGAUGGCGGCACUCUGAUGGGUAGCAGUCAGAUAUCAGCACCUGAGGAUUAUUGGUUCUUUGCAAACAGGGUAAUAGUGUGGUGUGGGAUAAGUAAAGACAACAGACUUGUGGCCUGGCAGACCUGCAUAGUUUGGUUUACAGUGUGUUGGUUUGGAAAGUUACACAUCUAGAACAUCUGCAAGUAGUAGGUCAGCUUGUCUGCAAGUUUGUAGUCUGCACUGA